UCCAACUUUGUGCUGCAUUUCUGAUCCUGCUGCAGUCUGGGGAGAAAAUGGAGGCUCAUUUCAUCAUAUUUACCCCGCUACAUCGAUUUUACCGAGCUCUUCUACCGACGGACGGACUCUAAACGUCGCUAUCUGACGGGAUUUACCCUCCAAUCUGAGUUAUUGUCGCUACUUGUAUCACAUGGCGGAGAUUGGCAGCAUCAUGGUUUGGCUCCGUGGUGCCCUCGUGACCGGCUGCAUUUCCUGGAAUAAGCUGGAACCUGAGCCUUGAAAGCCACACCAUGGAAUGCGUGUAGUACCACACCUCACCUUCAUCUGGCCCACCAGCAUCAGCAGGAAUCACAAACAAAGAGCAAGAGAGAGACACAAACAAAUAGGGGACACGGAGGAGGAGGACUCUUUAUCUAUUUAGGUCAGCCAGCUUGAAAGAGAUCAUUUGGAGGGAGUGAGAGCUAGUCUGUGUCUGUGUUUCCUUUUUAGAGUAGGUGCCUGCCCUGGGCACUGAGGCCAUGAGGCCUAAAACUUUCCCUGCCGCCCCCUAUGUGGGCAACACACGCCAGAGGCUCCAGGAGAUCAAGGAGGGUCUGAAGCAGCCAGCCAAGCUGGUGAGCCAGGCGCUGCACGGGGGCAGCUCCCGGAGCGAGGGAGGCAGAGGGGCCGACUGCAAGAGUGGGAAAGACACAGCCAGCCGGCAGCAGCAGCUCCGACCUCCACAGAAGUUUAACAACUACCAAAAUGCCUUGCGGGAAAUCAGAAAGUCCCUCAUGCCCUUUGCCAACGAGUCUGGCCCCUCCUCAGGGUCAGGACACCCUGCAGGAGCCGGGGAGGUGAACCGGCAGAUGCUGCAGGAGCUGGUGAACGCUGGCUGUGAUCAGGAGAUGGCCGUGAGGGCGCUGAAGCAGACGGGGAGCAGGAACAUUGAAGCAGCCUUAGAGUACAUCAGCAAAAUGGGUUACCUUGAUCCUCGCAAUGAGCUCAUCGUCCGUGUCAUCAAGCAGACUUCACCAGGUAAAGCCGGCAUGCCAAACUCAAUGGACCACCGCCCUGCGUUAGAGGCAUCAGGGGAGGCGGGUGCAAUGCCUCCGUACCACCAGAUGGGGGCCCCCAUGUAUGAAGGGGCAGCAGGAUAUGGCCCUGAGGGGGAGAUGCCCAGGCCCUACAUGGGUGCUGCUCCUGUGAUGAAUUACAUGAUGCCCCCAUCAGGUGCAGCACAAGGCCCUGCUAUGGGAAACCCGAUGGGCCGACCCCCCAGUAUGGGCACCUAUCCCGCAGUAAUGGCCCCACAGAGCAACCAGGCCAACAACAUGUACCCUCCAGGGGCCCCGCAAAAAGGCUACCCGGGUGGUAUGGAGCAGCACGGCCCCAUGAUGAGCUACAACGUCCCUGGUCAACCUCUGCAGCUGCAGCCUCAGCCACCAGGGGGCCCUGUUCCUGGUCCACACUAUGACUACAGUCAUGCCAGGCCACACAUGAUGGAGCCUGCAGGUUACGGAGUCAAGAGGACAGCCUCUUUCCAGAACAAGAUGGCUCCGCCACCAAUGGCGCCACCGGACAACUACGUCAACAUGCAGGGUAAAGGAGCCAUGGGUCAGAAUGGUCCAGGAGGAGGAGGAUAUCCCCCAAACCUGUACCUACCCCCUCAUUCCCACCCACGCCAGGCCAGCCCCACCUCCCACCAGGUCCACAUGAUGUCCCGCUCCCCUGGUGGAGUCACAGCUUUGGGCCCUGACUUCUCUGAUAUGCCGCAGGGCUUGAUGACUCCAUCCAGGGCAAGUCUAAACCUGGACUUGUAUGAGCAUCACUGGGCAGGGCCUCCAGGUCCAGAUGGAGCCCCUCCAGCCAGGCAGCCCCAGCCUCAGGGCCCAUUUAGAGGAGAAGUACGGGUCCCCAGCAGGACCAACUCCUUCAAUAGUCGCUCUGCGGGGCCAAAUGGUGUCCGACCUGCAAUGUCUGCUCCUCCUACAGCUGGAAAACAGGACCCCUCCAUGGGCCCCCCAAACACCAUCACAGCUGUGACAUCUCCGCCUAUACAGCAGCCGGUGAAGAGCAUCCGUGUGAUGAGACCCGAGCCAAAGACUGCUGUGGGGCCUUGCCACCCAGGGUGGAUGACAGCUCAGGCCCAGGAAGCAGCCGAGCCUCUGGGCUACAUGCCUGAAGAGACCUAUCCACUGGAACCAGCUCAGGAGCCACGCUGCCCACCUCCGCCCUACCCCAAAAACCUACUCAUGUCUGGGACAGGAGGUGAGCCAGGAGCCCUGGAAGGAGCAGGAGCCAUGUGUGGAGGACCAGACAUGAACACCUCUGCAGCUAGAAACACUCACAGCGGCAGUGGAGGGAGCGGAAAAGGUGAGGAGAGCCAGCAGGUGAAAGAGAAGACAAAGAUGGGAAAAGGAGAAAAAGCAGUGAAAGACAAGAAGCAGAUCCAGACGUCACCUGUGCCGGUGAGGAAGAAUGGACGAGACGAGGAGAAGAGAGAGUCCCGCAUCAAAACCUACUCACCUUUUGCUUUUAAGUUCUACAUGGAGCAGCACAUUGAGAACGUGAUGAAAACGUACCAGCAGAAACUGAACCGCAGACUUCAGCUGGAACAAGAGAUGUCAAAGGCUGGCCUAUCAGAAGCAGAGCAGGAGCAGAUGAGGAAGAUGCUGAACCAGAAGGAAUCAAACUACAACAGGCUCCGCCGUGCCAAAAUGGACAAAUCCAUGUUUGUCAAAAUCAAGACUCUGGGCAUCGGUGCUUUUGGUGAAGUGUGCCUAACACGUAAAGUGGACACUGGGGCACUUUACGCCAUGAAAACUCUGCGCAAGAAAGACGUCCUCAACCGCAACCAGGUCGCUCAUGUGAAAGCAGAGCGUGACAUCCUGGCGGAGGCAGACAAUGAGUGGGUGGUUCGUCUCUACUACUCCUUCCAGGACCGUGAUAGCCUCUACUUCGUCAUGGACUACAUCCCCGGAGGAGACAUGAUGAGCCUACUCAUCAGGAUGGGCGUCUUUCCUGAACCACUGGCUCGUUUCUACAUCGCUGAGCUGACGCUGGCCAUCGAGAGUGUCCACAAGAUGGGCUUCAUCCACCGAGACAUCAAGCCAGACAACAUCCUCAUCGACCUGGACGGACACAUCAAACUCACAGACUUUGGUUUGUGCACGGGUUUCCGCUGGACGCACAACUCAAAGUACUACCAGAAAGGGAGUCACGUCAGACAGGACAGCAUGGAGCCCAGUGACUUCUGGGACGACGUGUCAAACUGUCGCUGUGGUGAUCGGCUGAUGACGCUGGAGCAGCAUGCAAACAGGCAGCACCAGCGCUGCCUCGCUCACUCCCUGGUGGGAACACCAAACUACAUCGCACCAGAGGUUCUGCUGCGCAAGGGGUAUACCCAGCUGUGUGACUGGUGGAGUGUAGGAGUGAUCCUGUUUGAAAUGCUGGUCGGACAGCCACCUUUCCUGGCUCCGACUCCCACCGAGACUCAGAUUAAGGUCAUAAACUGGGAGAGCACUCUGCAGGUUCCCGCUCAGGUAAAACUGAGCCCUGAGGCCGUUGACAUCAUCGGCCAUCUCUGUUGCUCUGCUGAAGAUCGUCUGGGUGCAAACGGCGCUGGCGAGAUCAAAGCUCACCCUUUCUUCACCCAGAUGGACUUCUCCAGCAAUCUCCGUCAGCAACCAGCACCCUACAGACCCAAGAUCGCCCACCCAAUGGAUACGUCAAAUUUUGACCCCGUGGAAGAGGAGGGCGGCCCUGGAGCGUGGAGUGACAGCGGGGACAGCACCCGGGCUUUGGACAUGCUCUGCUCGCCACAUGGGAAGCACCCAGAGCACGCUUUCUACGAGUUCACCUUCCGCAGGUUCUUCGACGACAAUGGCUGCCCCUUCCGCUACCCCAAACCACCUGAGAGCUGCGAGGGGCUGCCAAGCAUUGCAGGGGCCACCUGCAUGGGGCCUGAAGAAGAAGACGAACAAGAGGAAGAGGAGGAGGAAGAAGAUGUAGAGGAGGAGGGAGAGCAGGGAGAGGGCUGUGAGCCGGUGUACGUUUAGAGCAGCAUUUUUAAUUACAGCCAAUAAUGCUCAUCAUCAGCCAAUGAUCCUCCCACCUGCUCUUCUUUCUGUCCGAGUGUAGAUGCUGCACAUGUCCGUGCAUGUUUACACAGAUCAGGUGUGACUGUUGCAGAAGCAGGAUUGACAAACAUCGCCACCUUGUGGAAUCUAUAGCUCAUCCACAUCGACUUUGACAGUAAAACUCGCCUGAUCCGGGACCAAGAAACUACACUGACUGCAUAAUGGUGAAGCACAUGCAGUUACAAGACUCAAAAACUGCACAGGUUUAAAGAAAAGAGUCAAAAUUCUUGGGAAUGUAAGGAUGUCUGAAUCAAAGAUAAGAUUUCUGAUGUGAGGACUGUUUCCUCGUCCCAUUCCUUCCACCCUUGUGUCUUACAGACGACUGAAACACCUCCAUGAUCUUUUCAAACAGGAGCAGAGUCCUGUUGUAUCUGAGCUGCUUUACACCCAGUAUUUGACACAGCAAAGUGAGGAGUGGAAUCGGUGGCUAGCAGGGGGAAGGGGGGACUAAAUAAGGAACACACCUUUUUCACAGCUGCUGCAAAAUAAGCUACAAAGACACAUGCAUGCACGUGCACACACAUACGAUCAUCCUGCACAGGUUAUGUAGAGGAUGAAAAAAAGUGUUGGACUCUACAGGCAAAUUGCAUUGUUUGUUUUUGUCACAAGAAACUCCCUUAGACUACAGAGAAAAAAAUGUAAACAAAUGCACGCCUUCACAGAGCAAUAGUCAUUUAGCAGCCAUGUGCUGUGAGAGGAUAUACGUCCCUUUUGGCAGCAACAGGUCUCUGUUAUUAUUGAAAUAUAUUUCUGUGUUUUAAGUUUGAAUUGCUCAGCUUUUGCAAAUCAAAUUUGACAAAUUUUCACACGUGUAACCAAAAACAGUUGCAUAUUCUAUCUUAUGUAGGUAUCCACUGCUGCCUCAAUUUGUGCCAACCUUUUGUUUCAUGUUUUGUCCUUCACAUGGAGCCGGAUUCUUCCUCCCUCAGAGGUUACUGUUACAAAAAAUGUCCUUGUGUUCAUGCAAGGCCUUCUGUUACAGAUUCUCCAUUUUAGUGCCUUUUUCACAUAGAUAAAACAUUUUUAAUAUUUAAAUUAUUUUCAAAAGUCUAAAAACUAAAUUAAUCAUGGAAAACAUGUCUUUCAAUACAAAUGCAGAGCUGUUUUGAAAUGCUACUAAUGUCUCAGUCCAGGUGCUGUGGUUGCUUAAAUCAGAUUCAAAUGUGUUUUUAACUUGCAUGACUUCAAAAUAUGCACCACAAAAAUUCAAAUCAUAGCAGUUUAUUCAGCUAAUAUCUUGACAGUUAUUCUUCUCAUGUAAUAUUUUUAGUUUCUAAUGUCAGCACAUUUAUAAACCUCAUUCAUCUGACAAGUGAAGAUAAACAUCUAUCCCAAGAUUUGACAUGCCAACAUGAGUGCCUGAAUUGCUUGCAUUUAGACCCAAGGCCACCUUAAAAACUCCUUUGUUCUUAAACAGUCCCCAAGGUUUUCUGAAAAAAACAAAACAAAACAAAAAAAAAAAAGAAAAAUACACAAAGAAUUUCAUUAUGUACUUAAAUCCUUAUGUGUUUGCCUCUGAAGUAUUCAAAGACAUUAAACAACAAACACUUAGGAGCUUAAACCCUUGACUGUAAUAGUAAAUAGGAAAUCCCUAGGAAAACAUUGAUCAAAUCAAAAUUAUCUGCAUCACAUCAUAAUCUGGGUUUUUGUCUAAUUCAUAGGUGUACUUAUUGUCGGUCUGUCGGUGGUGGUCGGUCUGUAUGGCACUCCCUUCGCUAUGUCUUAGUUGCCUAUAGUAGACAUCAGGUUGCCACUGCUCAACAUGUUCAUCCAUCAGCUUUUCAGUUUGGAGGCCAAAAAGGCUUAAACCAAAGCAUUGUUAGGUGUAUUUUGGUGAAUCACAUUGCAGUUCAUCAGUCAAGUGUCUUGAAAACAAUGUGAAAACUGGAUGACAUUACAUCUGGUCUUAAAGUUAUAUUUGCAUGCAAACAUUGUAUCCGGUCUAAGUGGGUAAAGUAAGAAUAGUUGCCAGUGCAGCCAAACAGAUUUGGACAUGUAUUACACAGGAUUGGGCGGUAUCUGUUUUUUAAUACCCUCGAACCUUCUCCAAAUUUGACCAGUAUUUCCACCAGGUGUUUAAAAACCACAUUAUACAGGCAUUUGCCAGUGAGCACAUGCAAACACAGUGAGCAGAGCAUACCCCUCUACAUGUGCUUUAUUUAAAUCUUUAGCAAAACGCUUUGAGUUUUUAAAAAAAAUGAUGAAGUUGAUUACAGGGAUGCUGGAAGUGAUUUAUAGUUGAAGCAUUGUUUUACACCUUAGGUAAGCCGAGUUACAUCAGACUAAAAUUAUCCUUUCCUCUCCCUCUCUCUGCAAUAGCUCAUAUGCACCAUCCACAGCUAUUUUCAUACAGUAUCUAAGAAUGUGAAGUCAUUUUUCCUGUGCUUUAAAUACAUAUAUAUGGGCCUUAAUUAUUAUUUAUUCAUGCUGAACAUCAGUGGCAAAUGCCGUUCUGUCACUGGUUUACUUUACUGGAAGCUUACAAAAAGUUAGACUUCUUCAUAGCGUUAAAUAACUAAUGAGAAACAACAAACUUCAUCCUACAUACUAGCCUACAUUUUACAUAAAAAGGUUAAAGGUCAGUUUAGAUGUUUUUAAAAACUGUUGAUGGUUCAAUAAUGCUUGACUUUGCCACAGCAGCGUGUAGUACCUCUAGUUAUUCAUAGCGUUAACUUCAUCAUCUCUCAUUACUAAUUAUACACAGAAAAAAGAAUAACCAUAUUUAUACCAAGUGGUAUCUAUGUGCGCAAUUGUCAUUUGCCAAAUUGGCCUGAGAUCAUUAGCAGGAUUUUAUUCAUUAAAGCAUUUUCUUACACUUGCUGUGGUGCUGCUGGUGGAGACAGACACAUAUUCUUAUGGCAUUUGUUCUAAACAUAAAUUCAUUACACAGUUCUAUCAUCAUUACUGUAAUUAAAGCAACACCAUGGCUAUUUUUUAAAACCCUGAGAUACAGUAUUACCAUGUCACCGCCCAGUCCUAGUAUAGCAUUGCAUGUGCAAAUGUGGAAUGAUGCAUGCUUUGAGGUUUUCCUCAAACUGCAGAAAAAAAUUGAAAAAGAUUAAUAAUGUCGUAUGAUCACACCAUACUUCUUGUUUGUCAGGGCUGCACAUUUCUCCUUUGCUUUGCAACAGAGAAAGAAAAGUCAAGUAGACUACAACCUGAUUUAAGAAAACUGAAAGAAAUAAGGACCUGAGCUGGACACACUCGUAUAAGACUGACUCACCUCCUGGCUGAGAAUCAAAACUUUAACACUUUCUCAAAGACUGAUUGCAUGCUAGAUGAUUUCCAAACUGUAUUAAAAAUUUAGUAAGCCACAAAUUUAAGGAUAGUUUCAACUGAUUUUUAGCACUAUUAUGUCCUGAAUGCAUACACUAGAUUUAGCCAGACUGUAAGACCACAAAGCUCAAGAUUUCACAGAAACUCACAUGACAUCUAAUGAACGACAUACAUGGUGGACGCACCUGGACCUGUUUGAUAUGUAGGAUUCUAGAUUGUGGAGGCUCCAACUCAAUCAAGAUCAGUAGUAGUCAUAUUGACAUUACAAACAUGAAGAUUAUUUGGACAAACAACUGAUAUCACAGAUCAGGUCAUCCCUUUGAAAUCUGGCUAAACAUGAGGCUCAGAAAAAUCCAGUAUAUUGCAAGCCUAAGAUGCACACUUUUUACCAAUGUUUUCAAAGAUUAUUUCAUCAGUGGCGUUAACCAGCCUCCUCAUAUCUCCUGGAGGUAUUCAUGAAAACAUAAAACACUUACACCACCAACAAGCGUGAUAGUAUGACUAUGUGCAAUACAAAAAAUACAUUAUAUAUAGUUUUCUAAACACUUAAUAUCCUUUUUUGUACUGAAAUGUACAAAUAUAAUGGUUUAUAUAUAUUUUCUUUUUCAGUUACAACAUGCUGCUUAUUAUUGUGGUUAAUAUUAUUUACAUUAUUAUUAUAAAUGUUACAUUUGUUCCUGUUUUUCUUUUGUUGUGGCUUAAAGAAGCGUUGGCUAAAGCUGCCAUGUGUGCCUGGUUGUUGAAAGUAAUGAGCUGUGUGCCUUUCAUAUUGAAUGUUGGCGUUGUCGCCGCUUUAAGGAGACGAUGUUGAUCGAUGAUUACGAGCAGUGUUUGCAGAAUUAUGGAUGGUAGACUCUUUUCAGCUCCUGCAGACGGGCUGGCCCUGAAUGCAGGAAGAAAAGAGGAUCAAAAGGAUUCUGGUUUUGGUUAAGAGAUGGAAAAGAGACGAUAAAAUGACGACGAGGAGCGAGGCAGGUUGGCUUCAGGAUAUGUAAUCUGAAAAAAGAAUGAAUAGCUUUCUGUGUUUUACAAAAACUUCAACAAAGAGUGUUUGGUACAUUUUCUUUAUUUAUCUGAAAUGACCACCAGUUUGAGUGUUGUUUUAACUCUUCCUUUACCACAGAGCUGUGCCAUGUUCUGUAUCUGACAACACUAUCACCCAGUAUCUUCUUGCUUAUUGACAAUCAGAAUAACAUGAUAACUGUUUGGUGUAUUGAUACCAAGCUGUUUCAACAGUAUUUUCUAUUUGGCUGGUGAUGCUACAGAAGUCAGAACCUUUAUAAUUUUCUGACGAGUAACUGGCAGAAUGAUUGAAAACGUGUGGAGAAGAUUUGUUACUUUUUUUUUUUUUUUUUGCUUGACGAUGUAUUGUAAGUUUGUUUUUUUUUCUGCAAAUGUGCCUUGUGUUUAAAAUGAGCAGCACAAUCUUAACAGAUUGUUUUCUUAUUAUGUUUCUUUUACAAACCUCUUUUAUCUGCAAUAACUCUGAAUCUGGGUAAGUUGAUGGAGCAGGCUUUACAUUUACACUGGCUUUGUUUACAUGCAGCUACAAUCUUGCUCCUACUCUAAUCUAUGAGUCACAGUUGGUAGAAUUAGAAAAGGCAGAUGUUUAGCAGGUUAGGCUGAAGAAUAAAUUAAAGCUCACAUUUUUAAAGAGUUAUGCAAAGAUGGAACAUUUACUUAAAUGUUUUUCAAUGCAAUUUUUAGCUUAUUUUGCGUCUGUUCUUUGUCAUUCAGUAUACAUUCAUCCCAUUAUCGCUGAAAGUGAAGCCAGUGCAGAAAUGGCCUUUCCUUGAUUUGUCACUUGGUGUGUCUGCAGAUGUCACACAUAAACCCAUGUUUAAAUGCCAAUUUUGCCUGGUUCAAAAAACAAUUUUGGAGCACACUGUAGAGGAGGGUGGAUUUUUUUAAUAAUGUGUUUGUUUAAGGUUUAAGAAUGACAGAGGUUAUGCAGAACUAGCAUGUCAGCGCUGUUCAUCACAGGGCUUAAAGCCCAACUCUGCUCUACUUUUGUCUGUUUCUAGGUUGAUCUAAUGCAGUGGUUUCUUUUUCCACUGAGCUCCCCCUUUGUUUGUUUAAACUAUCCAUAAAAUCUGUUACAGGUAUUUCAGUAAGCUAUUAUACAUUCAUGCAAAUAUAAUUUAGACAUACAGCAGGCAUAUGGGGAUUUCCAUUAUACUGAGCGGCUUGGCUGUACUUGAUUUGACUCGGCACGGUAGGCCGGUGUGGUAGGAGCUUUGCUUUUCCACCACAACCAAGCUACCUGUUUGAGGGUGCGUUUAAAGCUUAUGGCAUGGCGUUUUGAGGCAAUGACGUUAAUUAGCCAUGCUUCAUUAAGCAUUGUUUUGCAUCUUCUGCUGUCAAAGAGUUAGCCAUUGUUUCUACUCCAAAGUUUCUUCUUCUACUGGUAAUCAGAUAUUUCAAAGUUUGGUGCAGUGGUUGCUACUUAAACAUGUCUGUUAGCCAUCCCCAAAUAAUGGCGGUGGGGCAGGCGUGCUCUGGCCCUGCUCAGGAGCAGAACCAUUCUUGGCCUGCUUGCCGUAGCCACACACGCAGCACCACUUGGUUUGGAUCUGAGUCAACUUGGUUUGGAUCUGAGUCAUAGUGAAAAAGCCCCAAAUCCUUGCGUAUGCCUGAGAUCUUUGGCACUCCUCCUAGAGGUUCCCAAACUCCAGGUUGGUAACCAAUGUUCUAGAGUUAGUUCCAGAUAGCGGUUUCAAUAGGCAGCUGCUGAACAUUGACUUCAAAAGUCCUUUCUGUAACUUAAUGAUAAGCAUCACUAAGACUUGAUCCAAUUCUGUAGUACAACCACUUUUCCAAAAGAGAGGGGAGAAUAAACAUAUAUUUAAUUAUUUGCUCAUUUUUGUUUACACAUAUAUUUAGAUAAAUACAGAUCAGAUACAAGUUAUUUUUUUGGAAAAAUGCACAUGACAAUAUAAUGGGAUUUUACAUUGUCUAUAACAUUCCUAUAUCCAGGCCUAUAGUUGUUAGAGAUCAUUUUAGAAAGAAAUUCCCACAAUUUCAUGGAAAAAAUAACUUGCAGAUUAACAAGAAUGUUAAACUACAAUCCAUUAUGAGAAAAUGAAAAGACUUUUUUCCUUUAUAUAAAGUCACUUGAAAAUGCCAUUUAGCCACCCUUUUCCUCUUGGCUCAUUAUUAAGUAAAUGGAAAUGGUCGUUUUAGCUUCUGGUUUCAUGUGGUUUAGAUGAAAGGUCCAACUUUCAAAAUUUUAGAUCACAGAAUGACAUAGUUGCAUGAAUUGACAAAAAGAAAAAAUGUGAAUCAGUAUUAUGGUGACCCACACCAUUUUAAAAUGUAUGCUGUAUAUAAACAUAUAUUUUUAUACAGUAUGUAGUCUAAAACCAGUAAAAAGUAUGUAAACAUAGCCAGUGUUGCCUGAGAGCUGUCCAAAUUAUCCAACCUGCCUUUGACAGAGCAGCCUGACUGGAUCCCUUCCUGAAGAAAUGCCUUACUUAAGUGCACCAUCUUGAGACAGAGGCAGAGAUGGUUUUGCUUUCCCACUCUUUCCAGUUUUUCUUUCAGCUGGUCCAGACGUGCCUUCACUUCUCUGAUCUGUGUUUCCAUUGACCAGGACAUAAAAAUAGCUUUAUAAGAGUGUGUGAGGUGUUUCCUGGAUGUGUUUUUGUUUGUUUUUUUCUGUUUCUAAAGUUAGAGAGUGAUGACUGACAAUCUUUGACUGAUUUCUUCACAAGACUUACUUGUGUAUCCUUUUUCAUUUUGUAUUUUUACUCUAAGGAGGAUUUUCCUUAAUGUAUGAUACAAUUCUGUUACUCUUGCAUUUAUAUUUAUACAGAUAAACAUAUUUUUUGUAUCUUUUCCCUUUUUUCCAAAUUUCCUUGUGUCAAUGUUAAGAAAUUCAUGUCUACGCAGUAUUAUCGAUGAUGUAAUGUGACAUCAGCGUGAUGUCGGCUAUCUCUUUUUUACAUUUAUGUAUGAACUGAGAAUUUGUAAAAAUGCUUUCAGUCCUUGUGUGUAAAAUGUAUGUAUAAAUUAAAUUAACCAACUUUGA